GUCACCUUGUCGCGGUGGCGGGGCUUGAAGCGCAGUCGGCGGUGCCACCUUCUCUGAUGGCUCGCCUGUCACUGAAGGGUUGGGUGCCCGUCGGCUCCGUGGACCAAGCGCUCCCUCUUCGGCGCCAUUUGAAUGCGAUGUUGAGGUGCCUUCCACUCCUCCCCCUUUUUUUUUUAUCAAUAAAUAAAUCUAUCACUGUAUUUCCAUCUCAAACUUCCUUUCUAACUGUUGUAUUGUUGAGACAGACGGUCAUUGGGAUGCUUCCCAGCCAAAGAACACUUCACUUCCGAUCUCUAAAUUUUCUGAAUGUGGGCAGAGCACACUGAAUGUUGUUCAUUGCCUCUGAAUUUCAUUUCCUCCAUUGAUCAACUUGACACAGUUUUCCAAAUCUUCCUUAAUUAUUCUUCAAUUCCCCUUAUUUACACUAAAUAUUUUCGAUCUAAUCUUUACUGACAACCUAAAUCUCAAGCGUCUUAUUUCAUCUCUAGCUGAAAGAGCUUCUAUGAAUUUAAGUAUUCUAAUAACUCGUCACCGCCUGUUUUUCUCACCACAUCCCCAGUACUACAAUGCCUCAUCCGUUCACGUCUAGAGUACGUUUCACAUGUAGAGGGAUGUUUCUUUCUCACUAUGUGUGUGUGUGUCCAGUAAAGUGUGCCCUGUCACCGCAGUGCAAAGCCUGGAAAGGCUUCUGUUUUGAAAAGACGAACUCAGACGCCUGCAUUAACGGAGACGUCUCCAAGGACGGCUGUGAGGGCAAGGAAUGUGCUUGCUGUAUGCCAAGACCAGUAAAGUGUGCCCCGUCACCACAAUGCAAAGCCUGGAAGGGCUUCUGUUUUGAAAAGAUGAACCCAGACGUCUGCACUAACGGAGACGUCUCCAAGGACGGCUGUGAGGGCAGCGAAUGUGCUUGCUGCAUGCCAGGACCAGUAAAGUGUGCCCCGUCACCGCAAUGCAAAGCCUGGAAGGGCUUCUGUUUUGAAAAGACGAACCCAGACGCCUGCACUAAUGGAGACGUCUCUAAGGACGGCUGUGAGGGCAGCGAAUGUGCUUGCUGCAUGCCAAGACCAGUAAUGUGUGCCCCAUCACUGCAAUGCAAAGCCUGGAAGGGCUUCUGUUUUGAAAAGAUGAACCCAGACGCCUGCACUAACGGAGACGUCUCCAAGGACGGCUGUGAGGGCAGCGAAUGUGCCUGCUGCAUGCCAAGACCAGUAAAGUGUGCCCCGUCACCGCAAUGCAAAGCCUGGAAGGGCUUCUGUUUUGAAAAGACGAACCCAGACGCCUGCACUAACGGAGGCGUCUCCAAGGACGGCUGUGAGGGCAAGGAAUGUGCUUGCUGCAUGCAAAGUCCAGGAAAGUGUGCCCCGUCACCGCAAUGCAAAGCCUGGAAGGGCUUCUGUUUUGAAAAGACGAACCCAUACUCCUGCAUUAACGGAGACGUCUCCAAAGACGGCUGUGAGGGCAGGGAAUGUGCUUGCUGCAUGCCAAGAAAAUCAACUACCACCACCACCACCACCACCACCACUACUACUACUACUACUACUACUACUACUACUACUACUACUACCACGCCCCCUACUACUACUACUACUACUACCACCCCCCAUACAACUACUACUACUACUACUACUACUACUACUACUACUACUACUACCACCCCCCAUACAACAACAACUACUACUACUACUACUACUACUACUACUACUACUUCUACUACUACCACCCCCCCUACUACUACUACUACUACCACCACCCCCCAUACAACUACUACUACUACUACUACUACUACUACUACUACUACUACUACUACUACUACUACUACCACUACUACUACUACUACUACUACCACCACCCCCCCUACUACUACUACUACUACUACUACUACUACUACCACCACCACCACCUCUACAACUACUACUACUACUACUACUACUACUACUACUACUACUACUACUACUACUACCACCUCCCCUACUACUACUACUACUACUACUACUACUACUACUACUACUACUACUACUACUACUACUACCACUACUACUACUACUACUACUACCACCACCCCCCCUACUACUACUACUACUACUACCACCACCACCACCUCUACAACUACUACUACUACUACUGUUACUACUACUACUACUACUACUACUACUACUACUACUACUACUACUACCACCCCCUCUACUACUACUACUACUACUACUACCACCACCAUCUCUACAACUACUACUACUACUACUAUUACUACUACUACAACUACUACUACUACUACUAUUACUACUACUACUACUACUACUACUGCUACUACUACUACUACUACUACUACUAUUACUACUACUACUACUACUACUACUACUACUAAUACUACUAUUACUGCUACUACUACUACUACUGCUACUACUACCACUACUACUACUACUGUUAUUUAAACUAUCACUACUCGUAUUACUACUAUCACUCUUAAUACCAGUACUACUACUACUGCUACUACAACUACUUGCACUACUAGUACAGUUUUCGCUGAUUACCUGUGUGGCGUUGAGAAUGGUGUUCGCAUCUUUGGUGGUGGAGAGGAAUAGAAUAGGUGUCUUUAGAUGAUAGGUUUGGCAUACCUUGGUGCCACUUAUUACUCAUGUGGAGAAAACAUAACUGACUGACAAGUCCUCACCGCCGUCCACUUCUUAUUCGAAAGAGAUACAAAGGCCCCGAUUCUCGCUAGUUCAAUCAAGGUGGGCAUCGCAGAUCACAAGUUAUCUAUGGAUGACGAUGUCUCGUUGCAGUUCGCGAAUAUAGUUUUCAGUAUUUACGAUCCAGAUGGUGACGAUUUUGAUAUGGCAAUACUAACGCUCGAGAAACUGUUAAAUUAUACAUUGCAACAAGUAGGCCCUAUUUGUCUCCCUGAAAAUAGCAACAACACAUAAGCAGGAGUUCUCGCCUCCGCUGCUGGCUGGGGGCUUGACAAUGGAAAACGGAACUCAGCCGGAUGUUCUGAUGGAAGUUCAGGUUCCCAUUAUCGAUCAGGCUUCGUGUGCGAGUAAUGUUGACAGAUAAUUUUAUUUGUCCUGGUUUGGAUGACGGAGGGAAAGACGCCUGUUCUGGAGACUCUGGAGGACCUUUGUCUGUGGUGGAGGAUGGGCGCCACGUCUUGGUCGGUGUGACUUCCUUCAGGGAAGAGAUGAAAAACGACUUUCUUGCAAAACCUAACAUUGCUGGUAACAAUAAAGUGUGCUUUGCUUUCAUAUAUUCACAGGUCAGAACAGAGAUUCUCAACCUUUACUCCUUCGGAAAAAAGAUCGUAGCCAUUCUUCUCUCCCUCACGUCCACACACACACACACACACACACACACACACACACACACACACACCACACACACACACACACACACACACACACACACACACACACACACACACACACAAACACACACACACACACACACACACACACACACACACACACACACAAACAAACAUAUUAUUAGCAUCUUCUCUCUCUCUCUCUCUCUCUCUCUCUCUCUCUCUCUCUCUCUCUCUCUCUCUCUCUCUCUCUCUCUCUCUCUCUCUCUCUCAUUUUACAAAUUUAAAUUUAAUUCAAUUAUUAUUCAGUUACUCCAUGCCAUAUAAUUUUUUUAUCCCCAACUGUUAAAUUUAUCCCUGGUUGUGAAUCACUGUGUUAGAAUAUAAGUGCAAUUACGACUACGUUCUCUCUCUCUCUCUCUCUCUCUCUCUCUCUCUCUCUCUCUCUCUCUCUCUCUCUCUCUCUCUCUCUCUCUGUCUCCCUUUCUCUCUCUCAUUUUACAAAAUCAAAUUUAAUUCAUUUAUUAUUCAGUUACUCCAUGCCAUAUAUUUUUUUUAUCCCCAACUGUUAAAUUUACCCCUGGUUGUGAAUCACUGUUAGAAUAUGAGUGCAAUUACGACUACGUUCGAUUACCAUAUUCAUGAGUGCUGAAUGCUAUUUAUUCUCAUAUUAUAUGCACCUAACAACAUUUUAAUGUUGUGCCACGUAUUGAUGCCUUAGGUUUUUUUAAUGUCACUGUACUCUAUUAACAUUAUGUUCAUAAUGAUAUGUUAUACUGUAUUCCUGUUUAUGACAUGUAAAUAAUUAUUGAACCUUGAAAC